CAUCAGCUGUGCACGAGACAUGCCUCGUUGUUUUUGUAACGAAAAUAUCUGAUUGUGCCGUGCCGUGCCGUGGAGUGCAGGAGACGUCAGUAUUCGUGAGAGGAACUGCAAAAUUGGAGGAGGCUGGAACUACGACCAGAAGUGGGCAGGGUCAAUGCACACCCAGGAGAGGUACCUUCUUGGAAGUUGGAACAAAGAACGGGUCAGGCCAUCCUCGGCAUAUGUUGUUCACAACUUGUCAAUAGCUAACUGCCACCCUACUGCCGAUCACUGCCAACCAACCGGAUACCUACGCAGGCACCUACCAGUCGAGGAACAGCUGAGAAAGCUGAGCAGUGCCGUGUUCUCCCGGCACCAAGCUGAGACAGCGCCCAACGUAACCAUGGAGUUCUCCCGGCUUGUUCUCCUCUGCCUUCCGGCAGUGUGGGCGCUCGCCGCCACCGCCGGCGCAGCGGCGGACGUCCCCGCGGCGCGGAGCCCAGGCUGCGCAACGAGGUGCGGCGACAUCGAGGUCCCGUAUCCCUUCGGCUUGGACACACGGUGCGCGAUCCACGCCGGCUUUCGGCUCAACUGCAACAAAACUACCACCGUGGGCGGCGGCGGCAGCGUCAGGCUUCUUUACAAAAACGUCGAGGUGACCAGGAUCUCCGUGCAAGACGGCAAGGCCUGGUUCAAGACCUGGAUCUCUCGGCAGUGCUACAACGAGACCACGAACAAGACGGUCUACGGCAACGCGUGGAUCAACUUCACCAGCUCCCCCUUCGUGCUAUCGGCAGACGACAACAAAGUCAUCGUCCUCGGGUGCAGAAGCAUGGCUUACAUGCGGAGCAACUCUUACAUAAUCGGCUGCAUGUCGAUAUGCGACGCAGCACCCAAGAACGGCUCGUGCUCCGGCGAUGCCGGGUGCUGCCAGGCGGAUCUCCCCAAAGGCGUGCAGUACUACCAGGGCUUCUUCAACUCGUUCUACAACACCACCCGGAUAUGGAGGGAGACCCCUUGCAACUACGUCACCGUGAUGGAGAGGGCAGCCUUCAAGUUCAGCACCACCUACCUCACCACAAGGGCGUUCUACGACGCCGACGACGCAAGGACCCCGGUUGUGAUGGAGUGGGGGAUCACACGGCAAACAUGCGAACAGGCCAGGAUCAACAAGACUAGGCCCUACGCAUGCGUCAGCGACCACAGCGACUGCGUCGACGGCGACGCCGGCUACCGCUGCAGGUGCUCUGAAGGAUUCAGAGGCAACCCAUACAUCGCAGACGGAUGCGCAGAUGUCAACGAGUGCUUGGACAAUGUUACUUACCCCUGCUCUGGAAUAUGCCAAAAUAAAAUGGGGAGUUUCACAUGCUCGUGCCCGCGAGGAAGAAACAUGGUCGAUGGCGUUUGCGUGAAAAAUCAAAGGUCAUCUUGGAUGGCGGCGGUCGUUGGUGCAAGUGUUGGACUCGUGGCUCUUGUGAUCGGCAUCACCUGCGCAUACUUGGUCAGAGAGAGGCGAAAGCUACACCGCGUCAAGCAGCGGUACUUCCGGCAGCAUGGCGGCCUGCUUCUGUUCGAGGAGAUGAAAUCGAAGCAAGGCGUCGCGUUCAACAUCUUCUCCGAGGAAGAGCUGCAGCAGGCCACGAACGGGUUCGAUGAGCAGCGAGUCCUCGGCCACGGGGGCCACGGAACCGUCUACAAGGGAGUUUUGAAGAGCGACGUCGAGGUAGCGGUGAAGAGGUGCACGACGAUCGACGAGCAGCAGAAGAAGGAGUUCGGCAGGGAGAUGCUGAUCCUAUCCCAGAUCAACCACAAGAACAUCGUGAAGCUCCUCGGCUGCUGCCUUGAAGUCGAGGUCCCCAUGCUGGUGUACGAGUUCAUCCCGAACGGCACGCUGUUCGACCUCAUCCAUCGAGACCACGGUCGGCACAUCUCCCUGAACACUCGCUUGAGGAUUGCUUGCGAGUCUGCUGAGGCAUUGGCCUACCUCCACUCCUGCGCAUCGCCGCCGAUCCUCCACGGUGAUGUCAAGUCUACGAACAUCCUUCUGGACGGUGACUACGCAGCAAAAGUCUCCGACUUUGGCGCGUCCAUCCUAGCACCAAAUGACAAGUCACAGUUUGUCACGGUUGUCCAAGGGACUUGUGGGUACCUCGACCCGGAGUACAUGCAGACAUACGAAUUAACAGACAAGAGCGAUGUGUACAGCUUUGGAGUAGUCCUCCUAGAGUUGCUCACACGCAGGAAGGCAUUCAACCUCGAAGGACCUGAGCACGACAGGAGUCUGUCAAUGAGGUUUUUGUAUGCAAUGAAGGAAAACAAGCUUGAGGAUAUCCUAGAUGAUCAGAUCAAGAACAAUGAGAACAUGGAGUACCUUGAGGAGAUUGCAGAGUUAGCGAGGCAGUGCUUGGAGAUGAGUGGUGUGAAUAGGCCGUCAAUGAAGGAAGUUGCGGAUAAGCUUGAUAGGCUGAGAAAGGUCAUGCAACAUCCAUGGGCACAUGAGGAUCCUGAAGAGCUGGACAGGUUGCUCGGGGAGCCGUCCAUGGUGAACUCGGCUGGUACUACAGGAAAUUUCAGCAUCACAAAGAAAGCUGCCAUGGGCUUGGAAUCAGGGCGUUAGUUGCAACACUCCACAUAGCAAAUAUCUGUACAUUUUUUUUGACUGUGCAACGAUCUGCAGAGGAUCUAUGUGUCAUUCUACUUUUGCAUUAACCUACCUUGAGGCAUUCUACUGCUUGACCUUGCCUUGCCGUCAGGCAUUGAGAAUCUUCUAGGAACUGAGGCA